AUGGUGGCAGCCGUUUCCCACGUCAAAACCCCUUCCCUCAGCAGCAACCAUGACAAGCCGGCCCAACCGCCGGCGUCUCAGCCGGGCCUGUUUUCGCGCAUGAAGAGCAGGAUACACAACGGCAGGGGUCAUCACAACGCCGGCCAUGGGCCCAUAGCCGGCAGGAAACUUUCGUCCCACGACUUUCGCAUCGUGAGGACUCUGGGAACAGGGACCUUUGCUCGCGUCUGCCUGGUGAAGCCCGUGAACCCCUGCGAGGAGGAGAAGAAGGAAGUGUACGCCCUCAAGAUCCUGCGCAAGACGGACGUCAUCAAGCUUAAGCAGGUCGACCACGUCCGCCAUGAGCGCAAGAUCCUCGCCGACGUCUCGGGACACCCCUUCAUCACGAACCUCUUGUGCUCCUUCUCCGACCACGAUUCGCUGUACAUGCUCCUAGACUACGUUCCCGGUGGCGAGCUCUUCAGCUACCUGCGCAAGAUGCGACGCUUCGACGAGAGCACAUCCAAGUUCUACGCGGCCGAGAUCGUCCUCGUCCUCGAGUAUCUCCAUGAGCAGCAGGGCCGCGUCGCGUACCGUGACCUCAAGCCCGAGAAUCUCCUGCUCGACCGGAACGGCCACAUCAAGCUCGUCGAUUUUGGUUUCGCCAAGCGCCUCACUAACGGCGAGGGCAACCCCAUCGAAACGUACACUCUCUGCGGCACUCCCGAGUACCUGGCUCCUGAGGUGAUCCAGAACAAGGGCCACACCACGGCGGUUGAUUGGUGGGCUCUGGGCAUUCUGCUUUACGAGUUUCUCACGGGAUAUCCGCCGUUUUGGCAUCAGAAUCCCCUCGAAAUCUACAAACAGAUUGUGGAGAAACCCAUCACAUUCCCGGCGGAACCUCACAUUUCCGACAACGCAAAGGACCUGAUCCGUUCGUUCUGUACCGUGGAUCGGUCCAACCGACUGGGCAACAUCAGCGGCGGGGGCCAGAAGGUCAAGGAGCACCCAUUCUUCAGGGGCAUCCGAUGGGAUGACCUCCUGUGCCAGCGAGUCCGCGGACCGAUUGUGCCCCCGGUCCGCUCGGCCAGCGACACGACGUGCUUCGAACACUACCCGGAAGAAGCCGGGAAGCGGGAGCCAUACACGGACGAUCUGGCCCAGAAAUACGACCCGUGCUUUGCCGACUUUUGA